AUGGAGGCCUCCCUUACCGCCCGGGACCGUGUGGGGAUCCAGGAUUUUGUUCUGUUGGACGCCUACACCAGCGAGACCGCCUUCCUGGACAACCUGAGGAAACGCUUCCAUGAGAAUCUCAUUUAUACCUAUAUCGGGACUCUGCUGGUCUCGCUCAACCCGUAUAAGGAGUUGGACAUCUACAGCAAGAAGCAAAUGGACACCUACAUGGGCGUCAACUUCUUUGAGCUCCCGCCUCACAUCUACGCCUUGGCCGACAACGUGUUCCGCACCAUGAUGUCGGAGUUCAACAACCACUUCAUCCUGAUCUCGGGCGAGAGCGGCGCAGGCAAGACGGAGGCCUGCAAGAAAAUUCUUCAUUUUUACGCCGUCAGCUGUCCCAGUACCAAAAUACUGAAUAAUGUCAGAGACAGGCUGCUGCUGUCCAACCCCGUUCUGGAGGCUUUCGGAAAUGCCAAAACCCUGAAGAACGACAACUCCAGCCGUUUUGGGAAGUACAUGGACAUCCAGUUUGACCACCAGGGCGGGGCGGUAGGCGGCCACAUCCUCAGCUACCUGUUGGAGAAGUCACGCGUGGUCCAUCAGAACCACGGCGAGCGAAACUUUCACAUCUUCUACCAGCUGGUGGACGGCGGGGAUGAGGAUCUGCUACGCUGGCUGGGCCUGCGGAGGGACUGCCAACAUUACAACUACCUGGUUCAGGGUGACUGUGCCAAAGUUAGCUCCGUCAACGACAGAAGCGACUGGAGGACGGUGCGCAAAGCUCUCUCGGUCGUGGACUUCAGCGAGAGUGACGUUGAGCACCUGUUUGGAAUCGUCGCCAGCGUGCUCCACUUGGGCAACCUGAAGUUUGAGGCGGACACCCGAGGAUACGCCGCUCUCCACAACAGCCAGGAAAUGCACUGGCUGUCCAAGGUUCGACGCGAAACCAAAACACAUUCAUUUCUAGCCGGGCGAAUAAUAAAUACUUGUAAUGGCGUGUUUGUCCUCCAGUUGCUUGGGAUUCCCGCUCAGGUGUUACAACAGGGCUUAACCCACCGCAAGAUUGAAGCCAAAACAGAGGAGGUAUUCAGUCCCUUCUCGGUGGACCACGCUGUAUAUGCCAGGGAUGCCCUUGCCAAAGCUGUCUACGGGCGCACUUUCAACUGGCUGGUCAACAAGAUCAAUGAGUCAUUAGCUAACGUGGAUUCCUCCAGAAAGACCGUCAUUGGUCUUUUGGACAUUUAUGGAUUUGAGGUGUUCACCGUCAACAGUUUUGAACAGUUUUGCAUCAACUACUGCAACGAGAAGCUACAGCAGCUUUUCAUCCAGCUCACCCUCAAGUCGGAGCAGGCUGAGUACGAGAUGGAAGGCGUCGAGUGGGAGCCCGUGCCAUAUUUCAACAAUAAGAUCAUCUGCGACCUCGUGGAGGAGAAACACAGAGGGAUCAUCUCAUUAUUGGAUGAGGAAUGUUUACGUCCCGGAGAAGCCACGGACUUCACUCUUUUGGAAAAAAUGGAGGAAAUAAUCGGCGGCCAUCCUCAUUUUGUCACACACAAACUGGCAGACCAGAAAACGAGGAAAAGUCUGGCGAGGGGAGACUUCCGCCUCUUGCACUACGCUGGAGAAGUUACGUACAGUGUCGUAGGAUUUCUGGACAAAAACAACGACCUGCUGUACAGAAAUGGAAAAGAGGUAAUGCAACAGUCCAAAAAUUUAAUCAUCAAACACUGCUUCCCUCCGAGUGAGCCGGACCAAAAGAAGAGGCCUGAAACUGUAGUGACGCAGUUUAAAAGCAGCCUGGUGGGCUUGAUAGAGAUCCUGGGGACUAAAGAGCCAUGGUAUGUCCGAUGCAUCAAACCCAAUGAAGCCAAAGAGCCAGGACGCUUCGAUGAUGUCCUGGUGAGACAUCAGGUGAAGUACUUGGGUCUGAUGGAACACUUGAGGGUACGGCGCGCGGGCUUCGCCUACCGUCGCAAAUACGAGAUAUUCCUCCAGAGGUACAAGCCUCUUUGUCCGGACACGUGGCCCAACUGGAAAGGCACGGCGGCAGAAGGUGUGCAAGUGCUCAUCAAGCAUCUGGGCUACCAACCCGACGAGUACAAGAUGGGCCGGACCAAGAUCUUCAUUCGCCAUCCAAGAACUCUGUUUGCCACCGAAGACGCCUUUCAAGUUUGCAAACAUAAGCUGGCGACAAAAAUUCAGGCCAAGUACAAAGGCUACAGAGUGAAAGGCGACUACCAGAAGCAGAAAGAAGCUGCCACCAAGAUCGAGAACUGCUGGCGAGGCCUGAUGGCCAGAAAGGAGCGAGAAAAGAGGGAAUGGGCUGUCGCGAUCAUCAAGAGGUUCAUCAAAGGCUUCAUGACCCGAAACGAGCCGAGCGGCGCCGACAACCGAGAGUACCUGUCCUACGUGCGGCACAGCUACCUGACCCGCCUGAGGGAAAACCUCCCCAAAACGCUUCUGCACAAGGACUUGUGGCUCACCCCCCCGCCCAUCUUGAAAGAGACGUCACUGUUCCUGAAGCAACUCUUCAUUCGCCACAUGGUGCGCAAAUACGUGCAAGGAAUUACUGAGGAGCGGAAGGCACUACUUCUGUUGAAAGUGCAGACCAGUUUCAUGUUCAAAGGGAAAAAAGAGAGCUACCCGCUCAGUGUGCGCACACCCUUCCUCGACACCAGGAUAGGUAUCGGAGACAUGAAUAUGAAAGCGUUGCGGAUGAUUAAACAUGAGAAUGUCAAGUAUAGCGUCCCGGUGGUGAAGUACGACCGCAACGGCUUUCGCCCUCGUCCUCGGCAGCUCGUCUUCACCCGAGACGCCGCCUAUCUGCUGGACGAGGCCAAGAUCAAGCAGAGGAUCCGUUAUGGCUCGCUGAAAGGAGUUUCUGUGAGCAACCUGAGUGACAACUUCCUGAUUCUCCAUGUCACCUGCGAUGACGUCAAGCAGAAGGGCGAUCUUGUCUUGGAAUGCGACUUCCUUUUUGAGGCCUUGACCAAGCUGAGCGCCAUUGUCGACAAGUGCGACUUUAUCCAGGUGGUCCAGGACAGUGUGCGAUUCGACAUCCAGCCUGGCAGAGAAGGCGUCGUUGAUUUCAGGAGCGGUCAGGAGUCGGUGGUCUACAGGGCCAAAAAUGGACAUUUGACUGUGAAAUCCACAAGCACCAAAUCCAGAUGAGUUGGGACGACGUCGCCCCCUGUCGACAAACUUUACUCACUGCCACACUCGCU